UCUAGCCCAACGACGAAACUACGUGGGCCCGUCGUCACAAAGAGACCAUCGGUCCGCAUCCCGCAUCCUGCAGAGGCAAAGCGUCGAACAAAUGGCGUGCGCGAUCCUCCGCCGCGCGCGCUCUAUCACCGCCGCCGGCGCCCACGCGACCCCCCGACUCGCCGCAGCCUUCGCUUCCACUUCCUCCUCGUCCUCCGUCGUCGCGCCUCUGCGUUCCCCACUAGAUGACCGCCUUCUCCGCCUCCUCCGUUCCGAGAUCACAUACCUCGCGGAGCGUCGCCCUCCCUACCCGCUGCCGAGUAGCUUCAAGUCGUUCGCCGUGGAGGACCGCCCGGGGGAGCAGUGGGUGCGCCUCCGCGCCACGCGCACCAGCGCGGGAGCUGGAGCCGAGGAGGUGAAGGUCGAGGCCACCAUGUUCGACGGCGCCGCUGAGCCUGUCCCCGACGACGCGCCCCUCUUCCGCCGCGUCGAGUCGCUGGAACGCGGGCCCCGCCUCCACCUCAGCCUCAUCGUCGAGGUCACCCGGGGCGACCGCGUCCUCGGCUUCAUCUGCUCCGCCUGGCCCGACGACCUCGCCGUCCGCCACGUGCUCACCCUCAGGGCUGGCGGCAGUGCCGGUCGUGGUGGGCGAGAUUUCGAGAAACUGGGGGCUGAGGAGAGGGAAGCGGUGACGAAAUUCUUGAAGGAGAGGGAGGUGGACGACGAGCUCGCCGGAUUCUUGCACGACUACAUGGCAAACAAGGAGAAGAUGGAACUGCUCCGGUGGUUGAAGACUAUCGAAUCAUUCCUUAUCAAGGUGUAGGAUAAGAGCGCACACAGCAGGUAAUGUGGGCGAUGAAUAUGAAUAUCUCCUUGAUUGUAUGUAAAUUUAGAAAUGAUUUCAUGUUAAAGGCCACUUUGUUGGAAAAAGGUCGAAGUAUAAAUUGCCAUGUUUGGUACAUGGUCCCAAGUAAGCCCUGAGUGUUGAGGGAGGGGGAAAACAAACAAUCCAUCUGUAUUGUGGGUAUCCCCGCUUAGUCUUGGUGGGGACGAGCUAGCAGCUGUUUGGCAGUCACCAGAAAUGUUGAUGAUACAGUAUUUUGCUUUGUCUCUAUAUUUUGUUGAAUAAUAGACCUAAGAGAGAAAUGGAAAGGAAAGUGCAAGUACCUUUGUUGAUAAAA